AUGCAUCUACCUUGGAAUAUCUCCUCAACAUUAGGCUUCAAAUGUCUUAGCAAGGAGGGUAGAAUUUUUAUCUCUAAAGAUGUUAAGUUUAAUGAGCAUUAUUUUCCCUUUCCCGCUCUGUUUCCUAGCCAGAAAUUACCUCAAGAACCUGUGUCAGCAGGAGGUUUAAAUCGAUUGUCUGUACCUACUGCUAUCAAUAUUAAUCCUCCUACCUGUGUAUCUCCAAUAGUCGGCAAUAAUCCUACGCCCAACAAUAUAAAGGCCCCUAAUUCUCUCAGUUCUGUCUCAUCACCUGGUCCACACAGUUCUAUACAUUCUGUCAAUCAGGACCAUAACAUGGACAGUCUACAACCUUAUCUUAAGCAUCCUAGUACAUCUAGCCAGGCUGUUCACAACAUCAGAAAUGUCUCACCUGUACACAUAUCCAAUGAUACAGUCCCUUCUGACCUGGCACCUAAUCAAUCCAAUGCGCCACCUUCUAGUCACGAAUCUCCAUCUACACAUGUUCUAAGGACAAUGCCCAAUUCAGUACUUCUGAAACUUCAUCUUACCCAGCAAUCCUGCACACAGUAUCUAGUUAUCCUGAGGGUAACCAAAACUUAA